UUUAAAUAUAAUAUAUGUGGAGCUGAGCAUAGCAGGGAGUUGGAAAAUCUGAUAGGUUUUAAAUGAAUGGUGUUUUAGAAGAUGAUUCUGAAACUCCUUUGUUACCAUUUGCUCCUCAUAAUAAUUUAGCAGUUUAUGCUGGUGAAGAAGGGAAUGUAUGGACAGCUCUUGCACAUAUAAUAACAGCAGUUAUAGGAUCAGGUGUUUUAUCAUUAUCUUGGAGUGUGGCACAACUUGGAUGGAUUGCCGGUCCGUUGUCACUCCUUUUAUUUGCACUUGUUACCCUCCUAAAUACAACCCUUCUCGUCAACUUUCAUCACUAUCAAGACCCUCGCAAUGGUGUCACGGUUACCAAUCAUUCCUACUUGCAAGCUGUACAGAAUAUUCUAGGGAAUCAGAGUGGAAGGAUUUGUGCAAUUCUGGUAUACUUCAAUUUAUUUAAGUUGGGAGUUGUUUAUACAAUUACAUGUGCAAGCAGCAUUAGAGCAAUUGAGCAGUCAUAUUGUUUCCACGAACAAGGGCGCCAGGCUGCUUGUGAAUAUAGGGAAGAAUCUUAUAUGCUUCUCUUUGGGGUUAUUCAUAUUGUAGCUUCCCAGAUACCAAAUAUCCAGAGUGCAAAAUGGCUUUCAGUUAUGGCUGCAGCUAUGUCGUUUGCUUACUCUCUCAUUGGAUCGGGACUAGGGUUAGCCCAAACAAUAGGAAACGGAAAAAUCAAAGGCGGCAUUGGAGGAGUUCCAACUGAUGAACCAAUUCAAAAAGUAUGGUUGGCUGCUCAAGCUAUUGGAGACAUUGCAUUUGCAUACCCUUUUCCCUUGAUUUUUCUUGAUGUACAGAGUACUUUGAAAUCACCUCCCUCAAAAGAAGUCACAAUGAAGAAGGCUUCAAGAAUUGCAGUUUUGAUUACUACUGUCUUUUAUCUCUGCUGUGGUGGAUUUGGCUAUGCAGCCUUCGGGAACUCGACUCCUGGGAAUAUGUUGAGCGGGCUUGGAUUUUACGAGCCAUAUUGGCUCAUCAACUUUGCUAAUGCAUGUGUUUUUCUUCACUUAGUUGGAGGAUAUCAGAUAUUUAGUCAAACGUUAUAUGCUAUUGUGGAAAGAUGGUAUGCAGAAAAGUACCCUGAAAGUGAAUUCACAAGUGAUUUUCACAUUUUGGAGUUAAGGCUUAAUCCUCUUCGGAUAUGUUUUCGAACAUCAUAUGUGAUUUUGACAACAGCCAUAGGGAUAUUAUUUCCUUACUUCAACGAAGCGGUGGCAUUUGCAGGAUCAGUGACCUUUUGGCCUUUGGUUAUAUACUUCCCAGUCGAGAUGUACUUGGUGAUGAAAAAUAUAGUACCUUGGACCGGUAAGUGGGUUCUUCUUCGUAUAUUCACCACAGUUUGCUUAUUUGUAGCAUUAUUUGCCUUGAUUGGAUCCAUUCAAGGGAUAGUUGCCAAAAGAUUUGGCUAGAAAACCACAUUAUGCCAUUUAUUAUUGUAUACAAAAUGGAGUACUUAUUAUUUUUC